CAAACUUGACAAUCGAUUAACGAACGAAGUGAAUUUUUGUUGCAGUGAGCAGCUGAUAGGGUUAUAUUAAUUAUAUUUAUAUAUUCUAUUUCUCUAGAAAAAUGAAUAAACACAGAAUUUUUAUACGCAUACUCGAUUCUUCUAAACCUGCAAGAAUUGUUUCGAGAUCACUCAAAACAGAACCUACAGCAAAUACAUCAUCAAUCGACUAUUGUGCAGAUAUAGUAAAGUAAUUAGUACAAUAUUUGAAAAUUAAAUUAAAUAUUCAAAUAAUAUCGAUAAAUAUGGAUUAAAAGAAUCAACCCUUGUAUCGCAUGUUCUGGUACUUUAUGUAUUUUACAGAUAGACAGCAUGAUUAUGAAAACUUUUUGGCUACUCUUCUGAUGACGAAAUCUCUGCGCUCUCCCGCCCUAGUACUGAGAGCUUUUAACGUAGAAGUAGCUCGAGUGCAAGACUUAACAUCUGAUGCACAAACGGCCGCAUUUCGGUUACAAUUCUGGCAUGAUGCUCUCAAGGGUAUUUUUAAUAAAGAUCAGACGCUGAAAAAUGUACCUGCAAAUCCUGUAGCACAAGAACUGUUUAAGGUGUGUUGCUGUUAUGGACUACAAAGGAGAUAUUUGGAAAAUCUUAUUACAUCAAGAAGUAACAUGAACAAGGCUAAAUAUUUUAAAAGCUUAGAGGAAAUUGAGAAAUAUGCUGAAGAAUCCGUGUCUUCUAUAUAUUACCUCCUUUUAAGUGUAGCAGGACUCAAAGAUGUCCAUGCUGACCAUGCUGCAUCACAUUUGGGAAAGGCUCAGGGUAUAACCAAUAUACUGAGAUCUGUCCAUGUAUCCAGUCGUCAGAAGGUAGUUUUCCUGCCUAUGGAUAUACUUAUGAAGUAUCAAUUAAGUCAAGAAAAUGUCUUGAGAUGCACUGACAGUGAACAAAUGAGGAAUGCAGUCUUCGAAAUUGCCUCAAGAGCAAACAGUCAUUUGGAUAAGGCAAGAAAAAUAAGUGUUCCUGAAACUGCUAAGCAGAUAUUUUUACCUGGAAUAGCUGUCCACAAUUAUUUGACUAAACUUCAAAAGAGGAACUUUAAUAUAUUUGACAGGUCACUCCUCCUAACCAGUCCUACCCUACCAUUCAAGCUGUACUAUAACAGGUUACUCAAUAAAUAUUAAAUUACUAUUAGUAAUGUAGAUUCUAGUAAAUGUAGUGACUUUCAAUUAAGUUGCUGUUGUUAUUUUAAAACUAUGUACAAAAAGUAGAUGUUUUAAAAAAUAUAUGUAGAUCUUUGUUUUUUUAAAGA